AUGGAGACGCACAUUAUCUCGUGUACGCCACAAGUUGCCGUUUUAAACGGGGAAGAAGUCUGUUCUCCUCACGUCCUGAAUGUUAGCAACAUCGAGUACCAUUUUGGUCACCGGUACUACUCGGCGCUAAAAGAGAUGGAUCCGCCCGUAGCCCCAACAUUUCGAGGGAAACACACUGCGCUGUGCGACGAAGGAGUGAGGACCAAGGCGAAAUACAGCUACUGCUUGCCGAUCUCCGGUCGGACAGACACGCCGUUCUGUACGGCUGGAGAUCGAACUGAUCUGCUCAAUAUUCGGUCUUCAAAGUCCGUUUGCCACUCGAGCGUACUGCACAUGUUGAUGGUCGAAGUCUACGAAGAGCCUAAGGCAUCGGGGAACAUCCCACUGAUCUCCUUCGGCUCGUUACUUGGAGCUGUACGCAACGGGUCGAUGAUUCCAUUCACGGAAGACGCAGACAUUGGCUUCGCCAAUCAACUCAACGCAAAAGAUGUAUUGAUCCACGAGCUGUGGCAGAAGGGGUAUCACAUGUUCUUCCUGGACAUUUGGCGCGUGUGCGUGGCUCCAAAUCACCCGCUUGCAUCUCGAUUGUAUGACCCAAACUUGCCACUAACCAGGAACUAUGCCGUACCGUACGUCGAUCUAUAUUUGAUGAGGAAGCUCAGCAAUGGAUACUGGGAUUUCCAAGAGCUUCAAGGAGUUAAUGGUCGAAUGAUACCCGUCGAUAAGGUCGAACCAUUUACACAGGUAACAAUUAACGGAAUGCCGCGUACGGAUCAGACUACAUGA